AUGGUUCAACGCGCAAAGCUCAAAAAAUCUCCCGCUUCGGUACCACUUCUAGGUAUUGGUGGGACAUACGCAGGCCGCACUAAAGGUAUAGUUUCGAUACAGUUAAACUCUAUUCAUGAUCCGACUUCACAUUGCAGCAUCGAUGCUUAUAUAUUACCUCGACUGACAACGAAGCUACCAUCCGAAGAAGCGGCCUUCCACUCAUGGCCUCACUUAACUGGAUUACAACUGGCGGAUCCAGACUACGGUAAACCCGGACUUAUUAACAUCAUCAUAGGAUCUGACAACUAUGGUUCGGUAAUUUUGCCAGGCCUCAUACAAGACCAACAUUCUGCACUUACCGCACAACAAACCGUUUUUGGAUGGGUGCUCUCCGGAGCGGUCAAUGCAAGCGACACAACCUCAGUCUCGCAGGCCCAUCACUGUACCCCGGAUUAUGAGCUGAAGGAACUGAUCAAGAAAUUUUGGGAGCUUGAGGAGUUGUCUGCUACAAAGACUUCCAAGUUGACCGAAGAUGAAGAAGAAUGUGAGAGGCACUUCCAGUCGACUCACACCAGAGACUCUUCUGGUCGAUACACGGUUCGCCUUCCUCUCAAAGGUGAACCUACACUACUGGGAGACUCGAGGAUUGGAGCUCUUCAUUCUCUAAACAGAUUGUUCAAACGAUUCUCCUCUAACCCGGCCUUUCAGAGGAGCUACACAGAUUUCAUCGUGGAGUACCAACGCUUAGGGCAUAUGGAAGAAGAGGAUUCGCCUAAUCGUCAGAUCACCCCGGAAUACUAUCUCCCACACCAUGGUGUGCUUCGAGAAGAUAGUCGCACUACAAAAUUGAGAGUUGUGUUUAAUGGUUCUUAUCGGACAACCAGUGGACACUCUCUCAAUGACAUACUUCACGUCGGAGCAAAACUGCAGAAUGACAUAACGGACGUACUUUUAUGGAUUCGUACCUACCGAAUCAUCUUUUCAACUGAUAUAGUGAAAAUGUUCCGUCAAAUUGCGAUUCACGAAGAAGAUUGGAAGUUGCAAAAAAUACUAUGGUACAAAGAGGACAACAGACUUGUCUCAUACCGCCUCACCACCGUGACUUAUGGUCUGAAUUGCGCUCCCUUUCUCGCGCUGCGUACGCUACAACAGUUGAUCCAAGACGAAGGUCAUCGAUUUCCAAAGGCGAUAGCUCCCAUGGAAAGGGGUAGGUAUGUCGAUGACAUCUUCGGGGGAGCUGACUCUUCUGACGAAGCGAAACAGGUUAUACAACAUCUAAUCGGACUCUGCGAAGCUGGAGGAUUUCCGCUGCAAAAAUGGAGUAGCAGUCAUCCAGAGAUCCUGCCCAAGUCUGGUGAUGAUUCGCAACGCACUGUCGAAUUUGAGCCUGCACAGUUUAAGUUAUUGGGCCUGCAAUGGAAAUCCAUCUCAGACAGCUUCCACUUUUCAGCCGUGACAACAUCAAAAGCCACUUCACUUACGAAGAGAGUGGUGUCCUCAGAAGUAGCGCGGUUGUAUGAUCCCCUGGGUCUCAUAGCUCCGAUUCUGGUGAGAGCAAAAUUUAUCCUUCAGGAACUCUGGCUACUAAAGAACGGAUGGGACGACCCCCUCCCAGCAGAACUUCAAAAAAGAUGGAGGGAAUUCAGAUUGCAAUUGCAGGAACUUGAACAAAUAUCUAUACCGAGAUGGCUCGGUAACGUUAGUUCCCCCCCUUUAAUUGAAAUACAUGGUUUUUCAGAUGCUUCUCAACUAGCUAUGGCGGCUGCCAUCUAUACCAGAAUCUCAAAUGAGGAGGGCAAGGUCAUCACACGAUUGGUGUGUUCUAAGACUAAAGUAGCGCCAAUCAAGAGAAUCUCAAUCCCACGUCUCGAGCUCACCGCUGCCCUGCUUCUGGUGCGGUUGAUAAAGAAAACCACCCAAGCGCUUGAGCUUGCGAAACCGUCGAUAACUUGCUGGACUGACUCCUCGGUGACGCUCAUAUGGAUAACCACGCAUCCAGCCCGAUGGAAAGACUUUGUAUGUAAUCGUGUUUCAGUCAUAAAUGAACUCUUGCCGGAAGCAACCUGGCGAUUUGUACCGGGCAAGGAGAACCCGGCAGACUGCGCAUCUCGAGGAUUGACGCCUGCUCAAUUAGCUCAACAUGAAUUAUGGUGGAAGGGUCCCACCUGGUUGCCCGAACCACGGUCAUCUUGGCCUGCAACUGGAACUAGAUCCUCGCAAUUAGUCGACAUGGAGGAACGAACAAGGAUUAUUAUGACAACAGUCGCUCGGCAAACUCCCCAUUGGGAAUUGUUGGACAGAUAUUCUUCUAUCACUAGACUGUUUCGCAUCACUGCCAUCUGUAAGAGGAUUCUUUCUUGUAUGCGAAAAUUGCCGAACUCAUCGCCCUUGAAGUAUCCGCUGACACCGCUAGAAAUACAACAGAGUCAACAUCUCUGGGUUCGUAUAAUACAACAGGCGGCCUUCUCUUACGAGAUUGGAAUCCUUUCCAGAAACGAGCAUCUACCUAAAUCCAACCCGUUGGUUCGUCUUACUCCGUACCUGGACAAAGACAGACUGCUUAGAGUAGGAGGGAGGUUACACAAUGCCCAGAUCGAUACAGACUCUAAGCAUCCACUCAUACUUCCCAGAAGGUCACCUCUAAGCACGCUAAUUAUAGAUGACGCACACAAAAGGAUGCUGCACGGAGGAACUCAGGUUACCCUGAAUUUCAUAAGGAGCACGUAUUGGAUCAUCGGCGGAAGAGCACCAGUAAGGUCACACAUUCUGAGGUGCGGAAGAUGCACACGUUAUAGAGGUGUGAGAGCUCAACAAUUAAUGGGACAGUUGCCACCGUCUCGAGUAGUACCAGCUCGACCCUUCUUCAACUCCGGACUUGACUAUGCCGGUCCCAUAAUGCUGAAGACUUGGAGAGGGCGGGCGGCACGCACCUACAAAGGAUAUUUGGCGGUAUUCGUGUGUCUCGCAACCUCAGCCAUUCAUUUAGAGGUCGUUACAGAUUAUACGACCGACGCCUUUAUUGCCGCCUACAAACGCUUUACAGGAAGAAGGGGAAUCUGUGCAACUCUUCAAUCAGAUUGUGGGACGAAUUUCGUGGGAGCUGACGCGGAGUUGAGACGUCAAUUCGAGACCUCCUCUAAGGAAUUACAUGAGCUAGCUUCAGUUCUAGCGAGUGAUAACACCAAGUGGAUAUUCAACCCCCCCUCAGCACCCCACUUCGGUGGAAAAUGGGAGGCGGCGGUCAAGUCUACGAAGUUCCACUUGCGAAGGAUACUAAAGGAUACUACUUUAACCUACGAGGAAUUAACAACCGUCACGGUGCAGAUCGAGGCAGUGCUGAACUCCCGACCGCUGUGUCCGCUAUCAGACGAUGCGACGGACUAUACCGCCUUAACUCCUGGGCACUUCCUGAUAGGAGAACCACUGACUGCCCUUCCAGAACCUAGUCUGACAACAGAGAAGAACUCCAGGCUCUCGCGUUGGCAACUCCUCAGACAGAAGGUGGAUCACUUCUGGUCGAGAUGGUCGACCGAGUGUCUACAAAGAUACCAGGCUAUUUCCAAGUGGCAUCAUCCGUCCAAUGAGAUCAAGAAAGGGUCAUUGGUACUAAUCACUGACGAGCGUUAUCCACCAGGGAAAUGGCCCCUCGCACGAGUGAUUGAACUACAUCCUGCGUCAGAUGGGUUAACCAGAGUUGUCACCGUAAGGACAGCUACUUCCACUUUCAAAAGGCCAAUCGCAAAACUCUGUGUCUUGCCCACGGAUUCCGACCUCACAAAUUCGACGGAGCCCUCGUCGAAGUUAUAUGCAGACAAAAAGAUGUAUCGUCAAAACGGUCUACCGCCGGUAAAAAAUUAUCAUUUAGAAUUUUCUUUAAGAAAAUUUCUUACGGGCGACUAG